CUUUUUUUCUUCCAGCAGUAUUUAAACCUCAAGUCUGAGUCUUCUCCUCCUCUCACUCUCACUCCAGUCCUGCAGCUCUUCCUCCCUCGACUCGCCCCUCGUUUUUGAUAACUCAUCUUUGCUGCAGAAAUGGCAACAGCUGGAAAAGUCAUCAAGUGCAAGGCAGCGGUGGCCUGGGAGCCCAACAAGCCUCUGGUGAUUGAGGAGAUUGAGGUAGCCCCGCCCCAGGCCAACGAGCUCCGCAUUAAGAUUGUGGCAACUGGGGUUUGCCACACGGACCUGUAUCAUCUGUUCGAGGGGAUGCAUAAAGAUGGCUUCCCAGCAGUCCUCGGCCAUGAGGGAGCUGGCAUCGUAGAGAGCGUCGGGCCUGGAGUCACUGAAUUUCAUCCAGGAGACAAGGUGAUUCCUUUGUUCAUUUCCCAGUGUAGAGAAUGCCGCUUCUGUACUAGUCCCAAGACCAACCAGUGUGUGAAAGGAUGGGCUGCUGAAAAUCCUAGUGCCAUGGCAUGUGUAGAUUCCAGGUUCACCUGUAAGGGCAAGAAGGUGCUGCAGUUUAUGGGAACCAGUACCUUCUCUGAGUACACCGUGAUGAACCAGAUAUCUGUGGCUAAGAUCGACCCUGCAGCCCCUCUGGACAAAGUCUGUCUCCUCGGGUGUGGAGUCUGCACAGGAUAUGGAGCAGCAGUCAAUACUGCUAAGGUGGAACCUGGCUCCACAUGUGCUGUGUUUGGCCUGGGAGCAGUGGGUUUGGCUGCAGUCAUGGGCUGCAAAAAUGCAGGAGCCAAGAGGAUUAUUGCUGUUGACAUCAAUCCGGACAAGUUUGAGAGGGCCAAAGUGUUUGGAGCAACUGAAUUUGUGAAUCCCAAGGAUCACGAUAAACCCAUCAACCAAGUGCUAGCUGAGAUGACUGAUGGAGGAGUGGACUUCUCCUUGGAAUGUGUGGGGAAUGUGGAAGUCAUGCGCCGUGCCUUGGAGUCUUGUGUGAAAGGUUGGGGUGUCAGCGUGCUGGUGGGCUGGACAGACCUGCACGACUUUGCUGCCCGACCCAUUCAGCUCAUCGCUGGACGCACAUGGAAGGGCUCCUUGUUUGGAGGAUUUAAGAGCAAGGAUGGUGUGCCCCAGAUGGUGAAAGCCUACCUUGACAAGAAGGUGAAGCUGGAUGAGUUCAUCACUCAUAACAUGACCUUAGCCCAGGUCAAUGAGGCCAUUGAACUGAUGAAAUACGGCAGAUGCAUCCGGACUGUCCUGAGUGUUGGGCUUUAAUUAUGCCGAAACCACUGAAUGAACUGCAGUUAUGCUGCACAGAAACUUAACACAGCAAAUCUUUCACACAAUGCAAUGCAAAUUAUAAAAAGAUCUAUUAAUUAUGUAAGAUUUAUGUUAAUGACUUUGAACAUUAUGUGCAGGAUUAUCUCCAUGUUCACAUAAGCAAAUGGAUGUGUGGCUUCCUUGCCGGUGCUCUGGUAUUGUUGUGUUGUAUGUCACAGCGUCAGUAACACUUUGUCUUGUUUUUACAUUCUGUAAUACAUUAUGUUUAGUGUGACAAAAGUGUUGUGUCAACCAGCUUUCCAUCAGAUUUACUCACAACAGCUAAGUUAUAUCUAUGCUUGGCAGGCAGCAUGGUAAUUAUUAAUAAAGUCCAACUGAAAUUAAA